GAAGUGUAGAGCAUCACAACUUCCGGACAUGUGUGAGCGAAGUGGUUUGUCGCUAACGCUGUCUCGUGGUACGAUCCUUGUUUGAUUAUAAGGACAUUGAAUUUACAAAAGAUCGGUGAAUAUAUUUAUUUUGAGGGGCCAAGAUGGCAGAGAUCGUUCAGCAGCGGGUCGAGGACAGAAUACCGGAGUUGGAGCAAUUGGAAAGAGUGGGACUAUUCACUAAGAAAGAAGUCAAAGCUAUCAUCAAAAGGGUGACAUCACUGGAGUACAAACUCCACAGGCUGAUAAUCAAUAAAGAUGAUUUCAUAGGAUACAUACAGUAUGAAAUCAACGUCCUGGAGUUGAUCAAGAAGAGGAGAGCGCAUAUACGCUACCAGUUUAAGAGAGAAGAAAUCGAGUUUCCCAUCAUACAAAGAAUCAACAGUGUCUUCAAAAGGGCCACAAACAAGUGGAAGGAUGAUGUGCAGCUUUGGCUCUCGCAUGUCGCCUUUUGUAAGAAAUGGGGCACGCAGGCGCAGCUCAGCAAGGUGUUCUCAGCAAUGCUGGCCAUCCACCCUGAUAAACCAGCACUUUGGAUCAUGGCAGCCAAGAGCGAGCUGGAAGAGAGGAAUUCCUCAGAAAGUGCCCGACAUUUGUUCCUCAGGGCUCUACGCUUCCACCCGGGCAACAAAAAAAUCUACCAGGAGUACUUCCGCAUGGAGCUGUUACACUGUGAGAAAUUGCGGAAGGGGAAGGCUGAGCUGGAGCAAGCUCAGAUUGACAUUGGUAAAUAUGAGUUUUCUCCAGAGAUCCUUAGCGGGAAACUAGCGAUGGUUGUGUACAAUGACGCCACAGACAAAAACAAAGACGCAGAGUUUGUCAUCUCACUCCUCAACAUCGCAUCCAUUUUUGACUUCACCAAAGAUUUCCAAGAGGCCAUCCUUCAGGACUUGCAAACCAAAUUCCUUGCUGAUAGCGUGACAUGGGACUUCUUAGCCAAGAGGGAGCUGGAGGCUCAGUGGGAGGAGGAGGUGCUCCGGACCGCCAAGGGCCGCGCUUCCGAGGUCGACCGAAGAGAGGCAGAAUGCUGUCGGGUCUACGAGAAAGGACUCGGAAUCAUCAACACCGAAUCCAUGUGGACCACCUAUGUCACCUUCUGUCUGGAGAGGGCGAAAAGGAAGACAAAUGUCCAAGAGUUGAAAGACAAAAGACAAGAGAGGCUGCUGGGACUUCUGCAGCGUGCCCACGACUCAUCACUGCUGAGGGAGGAUUUCUACAAGAACUGGAUGCAGAUCCUGCUUUUGUCGGGAGAUGAAGAGGGCGCAGCCCGCAUCGCCGUAGCAGCCACGCAGCGCUACAGCCAAUCCGUGUCGGCGUGGAGCAUGGCCUUGCAGACGCUGGUUCAGUUGGGGAAAGAUGACGUCGGACCGCUGUUCCGGGAUGCGCUCACGCACAUUCAUCCCAAGGAAAGCUUACCAAUUUGGCGGCUGCAGGUCCAGUGGAGCGUAGUCAAGCAGAACCCAGAGGAGACGGAGGCCAUUUUCAAGAGAGGUCUGUCCUCCGCGGUGGAGGCAGUUGCCAUGGAGAUGAAAGAGGGCUAUGUUGAUUGGUCAUAUUCCACUGGGGGCUACAAGAAAGCGAGAAAGACUUUCAAAAGUUUACAGGAAAACCGGCCUCUAUCCAAAUUUUUCUUCACCAAAAUGAUACACAUUGAGAAAGAACAGGAGACCCCAAAGAUGAACAAUCUGAGGGACUACUACGAGAGGGUCUUGCAAGAGUUUGGAUCCUCUGAUGAAGAUCUGUGGCUGGAGUACAUCCAGGAGGAGAUGGGGCCCCUUGGCCAGCCAGAGAACUGCAGCAAGAUCCACUGGAGAGCCAUGAAGUUUCUGGAAGGCGAAAGUGUGGAGAGGUUCAUCUCCAAAUAUACGCUCCUGCAGACGGGCACCUCUGAGUAUAAUUUGAAAAAGCAGAGGUUGCGUGUUCUUUAAUCAGGAGUUGCUCAGCCUGAGGGAGCUUAUGAAGAUUUUGGUUGGUUUUCCACAGUCGUCAUUGGACAGAUGGCUUGGUUUCACCAUGUUUUACCAAAUCUGCUGACCAGAUUCCAAAUGUUUUCCAGAGAUUUAGAGGGAGAUGUUUCCAGUUGCAAUUACGCCUUGUAUUAAAGUUAUGUGGCAAAUUUAUGUCGGUGUAAUUUCCUGUUUAGACACACUUCAAAUAAAAUUAUUAAAUUUG